AUGCCCACUUCGAAAGCACACAGUCUUGUCCGCCUGUCUAUUGGUGUCCUCGCCGUCAUCACCCUUCUCGUCUACCUCUACCCUUCAUCCUCCUCCACCAUUACCAGCAGACUCCCCAACAUGACGGGCAGCAAUCACGUCGACCCCAUCCCUCGGCUCAGCGUCACGCUGGCGCAGGUCCCCGACGCUUCGCCGCCCGCGCUGCGCGCCACCAUCACCAACCACAACCCGUUUCCCGUGUCCUUUCUCGACUACGACUCGGCCAUGGACUCGCUCGCCGUGCCGCUCGGGCUGGUCGAGCUGACGCCGAGCGGCGCACUCGCCGACGCCGAGCCUGUCGCGCUGGACAAUCUCGUCCAGCUGCGGAGGCUGUGGCCGCCCAAGGUCGCGUUUGUGCAAGAGGUGCCCGGCGGCGGCGGCACUGUCGUAUCGGACGACAUUGUCCUGAAACCGGCCAACGUGCCGUAUGGGAAGCUGGGGGAUACGUUUUAUGUGCGGAUCAAGGGCCCGUGGCGUGCAGUCAUGACCGUGCCCAAGAGCGAGAUUACAAAGGAGUUCUUGGAACAUAUCCCCGACAGACCGAAGACGUACCAGGGCUCGUACGAGUCGGAUCGGCUUGAGAUUACUGUGGAUGCGGCUUCACUGGAAUUGAAGUAA